ACAUGAACGGUUCCUCUCGCACCGUCAGCAAAAUCACUCUCCCCGAGAGAGACACAGUCCACAUAUAUACAUACACCUUUUUGUUUGCGUAUAAUAAAUCAUUUUUCGAAAUUUUCAUUUCUGUCGAUCCUUUUCUGUCCUUUCUGAUUUUUGCCCUGUGCCCCCUUUUUCUUCGCAGAAAUAAUCCAGAUUCCGAGAAGGGAUUUUCAGGUGGGCAUGAGAAAAGAAUAAAUUAGAUGGCUGUAAUGGAAGAUAUUGGAAUGGAUAUCAGCUCGGACAUCGAAGUUGAUGAUAUAGUGGGUGGUGAGAAUAUAGAGGAAAAAGAUGUCAGUGAUGAGGAGAUUGAACCCGAAGAAUUGGAGAGGCGAAUGUGGAAGGAUCAAGUCAAACUCAAGAGGAUCAAGGAAAGGCAGAAGCUUGCAGCGCGGCAAGCAGCAGAGAAGCAGAAAGUCAAGUCCACCACUGAUCAGGCACGCCGGAAGAAGAUGGCACGAGCUCAAGAUGGGAUUUUGAAGUACAUGUUGAAGCUCAUGGAAGUUUGCAGGGCUCGUGGAUUUGUGUACGGUAUUAUCCCUGAGAAAGGUAAGCCGGUUAGCGGUUCAUCAGAUAAUAUAAGAGCUUGGUGGAAGGAAAAAGUGAAGUUUGACAAGAAUGGGCCUGCAGCCAUUGCUAAAUAUGAGGCUGAGUGCCUUGCCAGGGAAGAUGGUUGUGGUUAUUAUAAUGGAACCUCAAAAAAUGUGCUUCCAGACUUGCAAGAUGCGACGUUGGGUUCGCUACUAUCUUCCCUGAUGCAACAUUGCAAUCCACCGCAAAGGAAGUAUCCACUUGAGAAGGGCACCCCUCCACCUUGGUGGCCAACUGGAAAUGAGGAAUGGUGGACAAGAUUGGGAUUGCCCAAGGGUCAGACUCCGCCAUAUAAGAAGCCACAUGAUCUGAAAAAGAUGUGGAAAGUUGGGGUGCUAACUGCUGUUAUAAAGCACUUGUCACCUGAUAUUGCAAAGAUUAGGAGACUUGUUAGGCAGUCGAAGUGUUUACAGGACAAGAUGACUGCCAAAGAGAGUGCAAUUUGGUUGGGUGUUUUGAGCAAGGAGGAAGCUUUCAUCCGGCAGCCUAGCUGUGAUAAUGGUUCAUCUAGCAUAAUCGAGGCACCUUCAAGAAGCCGUGGUGAAAAGAGGAAACCUUCUUUCAGCAGUGGUAGUGACUAUGAUGUUGAUGAUGGCCCAGGAUCUGCUACAUCAAGAGAUGAUAGGGAACAACAAUCAAUGGAUGUUGUGCCUGUUGAACCUCCUGUUCAUGUUACUCCUCCACCAGCCAAAGAGAAGGAGCGAGGUAGAGAUCGAUCCCGGAAAAGAAAAUCCCGAAAAGUUAGCCGUAGUAACAAACGGGAUGUACCAUCUCUCAAUGAACGUCCGCAUGAUGAUCCCGACGACACUCUGAUGGGUGAGAGACCCUCUAACAUCCAGUUACCGAUAUACCUGACGAAUGAAAGCCAGCUGGAAAAUGAUGGAAUAAAAGCGAUGAGGCCCCAGGGGAAUAAUGCUGAAGAUCAACCCUGUUUUCUGGAUUCUGAUUAUGACAUUUUUUGUGCCUUUCCUUCUGCCAAUCCAAUCACCACUCAAACUAUGCCAAUGACUGAUGGAUCCUUACUUUAUCCAGAUGCAGAAAUUUCUGAUUUUGAAAAUCGUGAUGUUCAGUUAAUUCAUGCACCUGAAAAUACUGAGUUGCCUGCUCAUCUUUCUAAGGUGGACUUAAAACCUCAAAGUUCUGUGUUGCCUCAUGAACUGGAAAGCCUGCAAUUGCGUCAUGGAGCUCCAACUGUAUGGCAGUCUGGACCUUAAGAUUCUACUCUACCUCUGCGAUCUCAGAAUUCUGGGCUUCAUGAUGGAUCAACUUAUCAUUUCUUUAACCAGUCAAAAGCGGUUGGUUUAAAUCAUGAAGGACAGCAAUCUGAGGCAGCAAAUAAUGAGAUUGAGCACAGACAAGGAGAUUCUGGUAUCCAUUUACCAAUGCUACCUAGGAAUGGAAAUGCUGUUGCUGGUGGAGAGUUACCUCGUUAUGUGAAAGAUCCAUUUCCGCCUGAGACAGAUAGGCCUGUAGACAUACGUUUUCCAUCUCCUCUCCAUAGCUUUUCACCUGGCUAUGCAGGAUACAGUCCAUUUAGUCUUGAGAUUGAUGGCACAGGAUCUGCUGUUGAUGAAGCUGAUCUUGAUGAACUGAUGAAGUACUUUGCGUCAUAAGCUGCCAUACUUGCUCCGUUUGGAUUUAGAUUGUGAGUCAGUUGUUCACAAUUUAGAUUAUGUUUCCGUAACCUAUUCUCCAUCUCACACAUACAGUGUGUAGUAACUAGUAAUUAUUGAACAAUGCCAAUUUUUUAGUGGGCAGGGAAGUCAUGGUAUCUGUGGAGGUGGAUGAAAAUUUUCCUUCCAGUUGGAUUUGUUGCUGGAUUUGGUAUUUUAUGGAUGUUUAGAUGGUAAGUUAUGAAUUCAACUAUUACUUCGUAGUUCUUUCAGUCACUCAGCUGCAAGCUUAGUUAUCAGAAUCAUCAUUCUUUGGGUUAUUCUUAGCAGUACCCUGUAAUCCCAGAUAUAUUUGACUAUUACAUGUAAAUAAGCAAUGUAGAUUGCCAAAUGUGGCAAUCUACUAGUAGUAGUACUGUUUUGACAGUCUUUGAAUGAAUACAAGAUUGACUGAACAUAAUAGAGGCGGUUAUUGUUCUUAUGAACAUCAGGAUUAUUUGAAAUUCUUAAUAUUUUAAUAUUUUCCUUUGA